GUUUAUAAUAUAAAAAUGAAGAUCGGAUUCUUGCUACUGUUGGCAUUAAUAGCCACCCUCGUUAGUGCUCAAGAGAGUAAAGUUGCAAUAUUAGAGGAAAUGGACUUUGUUCAUGGAAGAGUGUUCCAUAGAGAUGGAAAACUUCAAGGAAAAUGGUUCAUCAACUAUCAUUCACCAUGGUGUCCCCAUUCUAAGCGCCUAGUUCCUGUUUGGGAACAGGUAGCUAAUAGUCUAGCCCCAGACGUCAAUGUUGGUAGCGUUGACUGCUCUAAACACCAUGAUCUUUGCAUUUUCUAUGGAAUCUGGGCCUAUCCUACUAUUUACUUUACAGAAAGUGAUCUUGGUGUUGUUAAAUACGAAGGUGUAAGAAGCCAGCUGGAGCUUACAAAUUAUGUCAAGAAUCAGGGAUACCUCAGUGUGCCUAAGGAUAAGGUCAACUCCUUUGAGAAGUAUAGAAACGAGACGUGGACUGAAAGGAUUACCAAUAUGUUCAGAGAUACUCCAUCAGGCGGAGUUUAA